AUGGCGCCCCAGUCUCGGGGUGUGGCCGAGGCGGCCUCGGCAUCCAUACCGCCGCCCGUGCCCGCUCCCACGCCGUCGGAAUCGACCCGGCCACGCCAGUCCGAGUCGGGCACCUCGCUCAAGGGCUUCGUCGGAGGCACCGUCUCGGGUCUGACGAAGCUGGCCGUAGGGCAUCCAUUCGACACGAUCAAAAUCCGCAUGCAGUGCAGCCCCUUUGGGACCUACCGCGGCCCGCUCGACUGCUUCCUCCAGCUGGCGCGCAAGGAGUCCCUGCUUGGCCUCUACAAGGGCGCCACCCCUCCCGCCUUUGGGUGGGCCAUCACAGACUCGGUCCUCCUCGGAAGCCUGCACAACUACCGCAGGCUCUUUGCCCGCCUCUCGGGCUCAAAGGAAGACGACAAGCGGCUGCCCGUGCGCUACCACGCCCUCGCCGGCCUCAUGGCAGGCUGGACAAACAGCCUCGUCACCACCCCCGUCGAACUCAUAAAGGCAAAGCUGCAGAUGCAGUUCCAGCGCGUCGAGGUCCACCUCCCCGGCAGGGGCGCAACGUCUGCCGUCGCUGCCGCAGCCACCGACGCCGUCAAGCGCGAGUACUCGGGCCCCAUCGACUGCGUCCGCCAGAUUGUCGCAAAGCACGGCAUCACGGGCCUCUGGCACGCUCUGCCCGCCACGCUCCUCUUCCGCAGCAGCUUCGCCGUCAUGUUUGGAAGCUACGAGGUGUUGCAGCAACAACUGGGCUCGCUCAAGGGGACAAAGUACGAGCUCUCGCCGGGCGCCGUCACCUUCCUCUCUGGCGGACUGGCGGCCGAGCUCUUCUGGCUGACGGCCUUUCCGGCCGACAUUAUCAAGAACCGGAUGAUGGCCGACUCGCUCCAGUCGCCCAAGUUCCCCACGAUCCGCUCCGCCUUUACCUCGGUCUGGCAGUCGGCCGGCCCGCAGGCGUCGCCGCUGCGCAGGGCGCGCAUGUUCUACACGGGCUUCCUCCCCUGCUUCCUCCGCGCCUUUCCCACCAACGCCGCCGCCCUCUUCGCCUUUGAGACGGCCAUGCGCCUCAUGGGCGCAGAGAGGGUGUGA